AUUCACUAGUAAGUUGUAUGCAGUCCAAUAUGGCGUCUAGAGGGAUAUGGUCGCUGCUUAUACUUCUUUGCUGUAUAUUCGUAUCCAGGGCUGUCAUGACAACGACAGGCCAAUGUACAAAAUAUUGUAUGAAUGGAGGAUAUUGUGUCUGGUCGGGUAAUACGACAUACUGCGCAUGUCCGGACCAGUACUUUGGAGACUCGUGUGAGCUGACGUGUAACACGACACAGUGCGCAGGUGGACGAUGUAUUAUACAUCAGAGCAGUUCCAUGUGUCUUUGUCCUGGAGGUUACAUAGAUUCCAUGUGUUCAACCAACUGUACAGACACGUUUUGCCAAAACAACGGAACAUGCUCUACAAAUGUGGACGGGAUGUCAAUAUGCACUUGUACCGAGGGGUACAGUGGAUCACGAUGUGAGAUCAACAAAACUGAAAUCAUAAAUUGUAGUGGAACACCCUGUAACAAUAUCGUAACACAAAACUGUACCCAGAAGUCAGGGGGUUCAAUCAUGUGUCACUGCCGAACUGAUUAUACAGGAACAUACUGUAACAGACGUAAUUGUCUAAAUACUCAGUUGUUCAACUGUUCGCCAAAUGGAGUCUGUAACUUAAACGACGUUAAUGUUGACCCAAGUGUGUGCUCCUGUAAGGCGGGUUACAACGGAACAGACUGUAAUACCAAUAUCGAUGACUGUGUCGGGGUCACGUGCGAGAACGGGGGAACAUGUGUAGACGGUAUAGCAUCGUUCAACUGUAGCUGUCCAGCUCUCUAUACUGGUACCUACUGCGAAGAGGCCAACUGUGUAGCAAGGGGUUGUGCCAACCUGAGUGGUAACGGAGUGUGCGAUACCAGUUGUAUCUAUGAGGAGUGUGGCUAUGACGGACUCGAUUGCUCUGUCGGUGUUAACCCCUGGGAUUCCUGCACCGUGGUACCGACUUCUAGAGGAAGGCACUGUUCUGUAUUGUUCAUGGACGGUGUUUGUGAUCAGGACUGUAAUACCCUUGGCUGUCUGUACGAUGGUUUUGACUGUGUAAAUAACGGAACAAUGUUGUCCGAUUGUUUUAACUCCUCCUAUUGUCUGGGCAGUCUUGGAAACAGUGUGUGUGAUGCCCGUUGUAACAAUCUGGAAUGUGCUUAUGACGGUCAUGCCUGUGCAGACACCACCACCACGAACAGUGAAACACUGAUCGCGACCUUCUCCCCCACAAACGCGUCCUUUGGCAUACUCGCAGAGGCGCGUUAUGUGGCAUAUUUAAUUUCACGCAAAUUGAGGACAAGAGUAUUCAUCCGACAAACCAAUGGCACUGACAACUUGGUCUACAGAGUAGCUAACUCAUCUGAUUCAAACAUCAGAGCCUACUAUGACAUCCAGAAGCCGUCUGACUGUAGCAUGGCAAGUUCGUGUGUGACGGACGUGCAGACUGCCGCUAAAAUGAUAGGAGCGGUGGUGUGGAUGUACUCCCUAAACCGAACCGCUGAUAAACCAGCAACAGACUUCAGGAGUAUCACAACCUGCAAAGAGGGUUUUCGGUAUAUAAAUGGGACCUGUAACAACACCUGCAACGUCGGCUGUCAGUCAGUUUGUAAUUUUGAGAGCGGAAGUUGUGUGGACUGUAUCGAUGGCUAUGUCGGAAACACUUGCGAUGUCCAUUGCAGCCCGAACUGUGCUGGGACGUGUAACGCCACCCAGUGUAUCGGGGGAUGUAACGCGGGGUAUACCGGUAACAACUGUGACCAAGCGUGUUCGACUGGGAAGUAUGGAGCUGACUGCAACAUGACAUGUUCAGAAUGUGCCAAUGAUGAUUGUAACAACGUGAACGGAAUCUGUGCACAGGGCUGUAAGAACGCAGGUCUUACCGGAAGAUAUUGCACCGACAACUGCGCGUCCGGAGAUUACGGGAUAAACUGCAACAUGUCUUGUUCAUCCAACUGCCUUAAUAAGAAGUGUGAUCGGGUAACUGGCUACUGUUUAGGGGUGUGUCCUACUGACAAAUGGGGAAACACGUGUGACCAAGAUUGUACGCGGACGACAUGUACGACGAAAUGUGAAGCGUGCACUACUACCACAACCACGACUACGGGUUCACCUUCAAAUUCUUCCGAGAACACCAACAAAGGAGUCAUUGCUGCUGUCAUCAUCCUCGUCAUCCUCAUCAUUGCUGCUGUCAUCAUCGCAUACCUACUCUGGCGGCGGUCACAGGCCGGAGUAUAUGACUUGGACGAGAAGAAAGGGGAUGAACUUCCACUUAAUGCGGCCAACAUGGAGAGCGGCAAUUCGAACGAGAAUCCGGAUACCCCUAUGGUUCCCAUGGGGACAGGUAACGGACAACACGAAGUACAAGUCGUGUCAGAAACUUCAAUGGAGGCAUCCGACAAAACGGACGAAUCUAAACCCCUAAUGUCGGACGAGACGAAGCCCGUGUCUGAGAGUGAAAGAAAGGAGCCAGAAGGGAGAGAAAAUUCGGCGGAGCGGGAUGACCCAGAGGAAUCUCUGAGAGAAUCUCGAGAGAUGAAGACUGCUAGCAAAUACUUACCACCGACCGAGAAGGAGGGUGGUCCUGGGGGAGUAUACGUGGGACCUGCGGGCCCAAAACUUACUGAUGUAGAAGCCGAGCAAGAGACAGGAGACUUACAACAGGAUUCAGAAGAUGCUAGUUUCCCGGUCGCUCCAGCGGAAUUAGUGAGCCCUCCGCCAGUACAACAGGACGCGGACCCCCCAGCUCCGCCCUCUCCACCACCCGAAGCAGAUACCCCACCAACACCCCCAUCAUCACCCCCACCCGAAGACUCCACUUCAUAAGAUAAUCGUCAGCAUGGUAGUUCUGUGAUGCACGGACACCUCGUGGACAUGAAGGUUUGAUAGCUAUGUUCCUGUGACACUAGCUUAAGCAUUGAUUUUUCAUAUCAGAAUACUGGAGGAUUACAUUACAAACUGCAAUAUUUCAAUUUCAAAACUGAGAACUCCAUUGACAAAACGCGUGAGCUUGAAUUUAAAAGUUUCACGAGUUUGUAGCGUUCUUAUGAUGGCCAUGAACAUGAUGUUCCCUGGAGAAUUAACUUCCGGCAUAUUGUAAUUAUGUUCAGAUUAACGGCGUCUUAUCAGUACGGAGUUACUGUUACUAAAAUAUCCCAACCCACGAAUUGUUGUUUAUAGUGUGAUUACAAAUAAUCUUGCCGUUUUCAAUGCAAUGCAUUACAAGAUGCAAGAUAUUAUUAAUGUUAACUAUGGCACUGUAGAGACCUUACAUUGAAUUGACGCCCGUGUUUUUAACUGCAAUGAUAUCAGAGUGGUACAUGGACCUUGAGAAGUCCACGAAGGGUUUCGUUAUUGAUUACAUGCUUUUAUGUCUUUGUAUGUUUAACGUUCCAUAUCUUCAAUUAAUAUCCGUGUGUUUAUGACAUUCUAUGUCAUUUUAUACUCGUGUGAAUAUGACAUUCCAUGUCAUUUCAUAUCCGUGUACGUAUGACAUUCCAUGUCAUUUAUAUUCGUGUAUGUAUGACAUUCCAUGUCAUUCAUAUCCGUGUAUGUGUGACAUUUCAUGUACAUUUCAUGUCAUGUUAUGUCAUGUUAUGUUUAACAUUCCAUGUCCAUGUAUAUUGUUUAUUCAAAAUCUCCUUUUAUCACGGAAAUUUUCCUUCUGCUUUCAGUAUAAUAACAAGCAUGAACUAUGACCUAGCGGAGCAGUGAUUGGCUAAUUUUUCACAUUGUUUUCAUUGCGACGUCCUGAUUUAUGGUGUCAUGCAUUGUGACGUCACUAAAGAAACAUGUAUAGAUUCAGAAAGUUAUCAACUCAAAUUUCGUAUCAGGCUUACAUAAUAUUCUCCACACGAAUGUUUACAAAAGCAUCUCCUUUAUAUGAUCAACAUAUCUUUAUUACAUUUUUCUCAGUGUUCUCAGUAUCUUACUGUGUAGAUAUAAGUGAUAUUUUCACUCAUCCAAAAUAAGAGUUUGAUAUUGGCAGUGAAAAAAUAUUUUCUGUCAGAGUGCAUUAGAAACGGCAACUGUAGCCAAUUUAAAACGAGAGGAAUCCUAUUUAAAAUAUCCGAGGUUCCGUAGAAUGAAAAAUGGUAACUUAUGUAAGGUCCCCUAUAAAUAACAUUCCAUGGCUUUGCGGGUAAAAUAUUCUAUGUCCUGAUAUGUGUUCCAUGUCUUUGUAUGUACACCAAUCUGACAUUUUUUACAUUUAUCCUUCAACCUGUCAACAUAUAUUUUUUGCUCUAUUGUACUGACGGAAAACAGCUGUAUCCUAGCACGUGCAUUUAUUGGACAGAAUUACAUUAUAAUUCACUUCAAUAUUUUUCAAAUAUGAGUAACUGUAAUUAAGAUAUUAAAUUUGUUGUAAUUAACAAGUUUAUGUAAAAAUGUUUGUAAGAUUACUUUUUCAUCCGAUGAAGUUUGGGACUAUGUGUGUAUUUUUACUCGGAACAGUUUAUUUGGCUUAUGUCAACAGGCGAGAUUUAUGUUAACUUCAACGUGAGGUAAACGAAGAUUCAAUAAAUACUGUAGGAUGAAUCGAAUUCAUGUUCAGUCACGGGAGAUAAGCACAAGUGUGGCUCACCACAGGUCCGCCAAUUUCUCUUCCUUCACCUUUGCCAGAGAUACAGCUUUUAUUUAAGAAACUGACCAUGUGCUUUCUAUAUCCCUGUAUGUAUUAUUUGUUUGUAUCCAUGUACAUGAAAUCCGUGUCAUUGUAUGAUUUACAUAUUAUAGCCUUGCAUGUUUUCUACGUUGUAUACCAUGCCCUGGUACAUAUUCCAUCUACUGCUGUUAUACGCGAUGGCUACAUCUGGGUGCUAGCUUGUCUUUCAUUUGAUAUUGUAUUGCGUGGUGAUUUAUGCUCUACCAUACAAAAAUGGAAUUACUGUUUGUAAUUUUCAGUUAGCUUGAUUUAGAUUUUGUUACAUACUGAUUAAAAAUUUUCCAAACGAUUCUCGGCAAAUUUUCGCAAAAAUCACUUGUUACAUACGACAAUGUCUAGAAGUUUGACUUCAUCUGAAAAUUAAAUGUGUAGAUACAUGACCUAUGCAUGAUACAUUCUUAUCAUUGAAUCUAUUUUUAUAUAUUUCUAAGGGACAUUUUAGAUCCAUAAUUACAAUACUAGAAAGUCAACUAUGCAAUAUUUAAUGACUGUAUAUAAAUACAAAUGUGUUUUGUGUUCUUUACCAGAUUGUAAAUAAACAUAUCAUGUAAACAUC